AUGCCUAUCAACUACGUGUUACUGGUCAGCAGACAGGGCAAGACCCGGCUGGCGAAAUGGUUCACGACCCUAAGCCCCAAGGAAAAGUCAAAGAUCGUCAAGGAUGUCACACAACUCGUUCUUGCACGGCGGACGAAAAUGUGCAACUUUCUCGAGUACAAAGACACCAAGGUCAUCUAUCGAAGAUAUGCGAGCUUGUACUUUAUCACAGGAGUGGACCCAGAGGACAAUGAAUUGCUCACAUUGGAGAUUAUUCAUCGCUUCGUCGAAGUCCUGGACCGGUAUUUUGGAAAUGUAUCGGAGCUGGAUUUGAUUUUCAACUUUGAACGGGCGUACUACAUACUGGACGAACUGCUGCUUGCCGGCGAGAUGCAAGAGUCGAGCAAGGUCGCCGUCCUCAAGGCUAUUCACGACCACGAUGCCAUAGAAAUUGAAGAGGCUAACGAAGAAAAGAACAAAUAA